UCAUGAGGUUUAUUUAUGUGCCAGCUCCUCACACCGCCGAAGUUAUAGCUGAAGAACUUCAUGAAUCAUUGAUAUCUUGGAAUCUUGAUGAGAAGCUAUCAACGGUGACUGUUGACAAUUGUUCUUCAAAUGACAAGACAAUUGACUUGUUGGUGAAGAGGAUAGGGAAGGACAAGCUCAUGUUGCAAGAUGCUGACAAUGAAGAUGGACAAAGCUUUUGGAGUUGCCUUCAAGACAUUCAAGAGGGAAUACAGGACUUGGCACUCUGAAUUGGCAUGCUUUGAAGAUUGUCUUUUGGAGGCUUGGAGAUGUCAAAGAUGCCAUGAUGAUGACCACUUUAAAAUGAUUUAUGAACUACAAAAUCUAUUUUAGAACUUAUGUAUUGGACAAUUUCGUAUCAUUUGUGCUUGUGAUGUGUGAACCAUGAUUUCUAUUUCAGAACUUCUAUAGUUGGACAUCUUGUUGAACAAUGUAUGACCGAAAUAUGCACCUGUUUGUUGCUGAAAUAUGCUUAUCUUAGUUGUUGAAAUGGGCUAUAGUUGUGCUGAAAUAGGCUUCUUUUAGCUGAUGUUAUUCCUGAGUAUUGUGCUGAAAUUUGCUGUUGUUUUGCUGCUGAAAUAUACUAUGUUGCUACUGAAAUGAUAUCAUUGUUGCUACUAUUUAUCUUAUGUUGCUGCCUCUGAAAUAUACUAUGUAUGUUGUUUAAAUCUGUUGAAAUACACUAUAUAGCUGUUGAACCAUCUACUAUUGUUUCUUGUUGAAAUUUGCUCAAAUUAUGCUACUGAAAUGUGCUUGUUUUGCUACUGAAAUGUUAUUUUUUGUCACUACUAUGUUUGUUUAAAUAUUUUGAUUUUCUCGUGGGUUCCCCGAAACCCGAUGGGUUCAGGGGACGGGCGGAAA